GACCCGUAAAGAGCCACUGGAUUGUAAUGCUAAUGCCUUGACCAGUCGCGGCGGUAUUUCAUUUUUUUCCUGUACCGACAAUGCGGCGGGUGUCGUGGGCUAGUUUGACGGUGUUACUCGUUGUUGGGGCCGCCGGGAUCCUCUGGAACUACGAUGGCUUCGAUCCAGAGUCUCUGCGGGGGGCCACCGUCGUCAUCACGGGCUGCAGUACCGGCAUCGGCGAAGAGAUGGCGUACCAGUACGCCCGGCUGGGAGCAAAGAUUCUCAUCACAGCCAGGAGGGAGAACAGGCUGAAGGAGGUGGUAGCGAAGGCGAAGUCCCUGGGUGCCCAGGAGGCGCACUACGUGGCCGGGGACAUGGGGAAGGCGGAGGACUGUGAGAGAACCAUUCAAGCAGCCAAGGAGAAAUUUGGUCGGUUGGACUACCUGGUGCUGAACCACCUUGGGUCCAGUUUCGGAUCCAUACAAGACAGGUUCUUCAAGGCUAGGUCUUGGGACCAGGACCCGAAUAUGGACUUCUUCGUGGACUUCUUAAACAUCAACCUGGUGAGCUACGUCCGGCUGGCCUCACUGGCCCUGCCUCUGCUGAAGGAGAGUAGCGGGCACAUCGUGGUGGUGUCCUCUGCUUUCGGAAAAAUGUACUGGCCCAACUUGACCUUCUACAGCUCUGCGAAGUUCGCCCUUGACGGGUUCUUCAGCUCCCUCCGUGUGGAACUGAUGAAGGCUGAACAGGACGUGUCCGUUACCCUGGCCGUGCUGGGAUUGAUCUUGACACCGAGGAUAUCGGAAAAGUUGCAAGACGUACCGGACGGUGCCAAGGUGCUGGAAGGUGCCGCCCCGAUAAGGGAGACCGCCCAGGCCGUUAUACGGGGAGGAGCGACCCGCACACGGGAGGUCUACUAUCCCUUCUACACCUGGGUCAUGGCAAGACUCAGCGGGCUCGCGCCUCAGGUUGUGGACUUUAUUGCAGCAAGGGUUAACAUGUUACCGGAAAGUUAAUGAUCUGGUUUGGUCACUUGGAACUUGGAUAGCUGAAAGCCU